AUGGCGGACGAGUACGAUUAUCUGUCCCCGGACUUCGACCUCAACUCCCUCACUGUGCCGCGCCUCCGAUCGAUUCUCGUCAAUCACGACGUCACAUAUCCCGCAUCCGCCAAGAAGGCCCAGCUAAUCCGCAUCCUCGAGGAUGAAGUCCUACCGCAGGCGAAGAAACUUCUGCGGGAGCGCGAGCGAGUACGGAGGACUAGCGCAGGCAUCACUAACAUGCCGAGCCGCGAAACAUCGGUAGUCAGUGAGCGCGCCGCACCAACACCUUCUACUGCUGGGAGGAGAGGUCGGUCAAAAGCCAGCACGCGCGCAUCGACGGUUGAUACGGAAGAUGCGAGCGUCACCGCUACUCCAUCGUCAAGAAGAACAACGACUAGAUCAUCUGGACGACGCUCGCAGAAGCCCGAGCCGGAACCAGUCGACGAAUACCUUGAGACACCUGUUGCUCCUACACUUACACCCCGCGCAUCUACCGUUGGUAAAUCUCGCAAAUCUGAUAUCUUCCAUUCUCCCGAACCGGAACCUCAUUUAUCGGAGAUUAAACCUGAACCUAGUGAUCGAAGCGUCUUUACGGAUGAUAAUCCAUUCCAGAGCGGAAGCUCACCAGCUUCAUGGGAUCCGCGAAAGUCUGGAGGGGCGAGUUCAGAGCGAAAAAGGCACAGCAGCGCACUGUUUUCUACUGGAAAAUCUCCUUACAAGAAUGCACCUCCCCGGAAAUCCGAAACCCCGACCUAUAUUAAGAAUGAGGAGGAUUUGGAUACCGCAGAUCAGUCACUUCAGGCGUAUGAAUCGAAUGAAAUCGACAGCGACGCUGGCGAAGAGUUUACCCCCGAAGAGCAAUUGGCAUUGGAACGCGAGCAAGCCGAUUUGAUGUACCCUCCAAGACCUCCUCGCAAGCGCCCCCAGCAGCAGGGCCCAGUGAGUCGGGCGUUCCCUUGGUUUAUUAUUUUAUCGCUUUUCACAAGUUUCGGUGCUUGGUGGCGUAAAGAGAAGAUUGAAAUUGGAUUUUGUGGUAUUGGAAAGCCUACAUGGUCGCUGGCUGAGACCAAGGUGCCGGAAUGGGCGAGUGUACUUGAACCGCAAUGCGAACCAUGUCCAUCCCAUGCGUUUUGCUACCCGAACUUCGAGGCUCGAUGCGAGCACGAUUUCAUUCUAACGCCCCAUCCAUUAUCUCUUGGAGGCCUUAUUCCUUUCGCACCGGCCUGCGAACCUGACAGUGAGAAGGCACGCCGCGUGAAAGCCGUUGCUGACAAGGCUGUGGAAGCGCUUCGUGAUCGGAGAGCAAAAUGGGAGUGCGGGGAGCUUACCGAGGCCAGUCAAGAGACGGCGGGACCUGAUAUUACAGAGGAUGACCUUAAGGAGGAAGUCGGGAGGAAACGACGGAAGGGUAUGAGCGAUACCGAAUUCGAUGACCUGUGGAAAGGAGCACUGGGUGAUAUCAUUGCGAAAGAGGAAGUUGUUGCCAAAACAGACCCAUCAUCGUCUGUCAUUACCCUCUCAACCUCAUCCGUCGCCCGCCUCCCCCUCGCCUGCGCCUUACGCCGCAACAUCAGGCUCUCUCUCCUCGCGUAUCGACUCCCUCUUUCAGUUUUAAUAAUAUUCUUUGCUGCUGCUGCCUAUGCACGUUCUCGAGUGCUUGCCCGCCGAUCCGACCUCGCUCGUGUACCCGAGUUGGUGGCUACGACCCUUGACCGGCUCGCAACGCAGGCGGCUUUACAUGCGCGUGGUCAGGCUCAUGAACCUUACAUCCCCAUUGGUCAAUUACGCGACGACGUGCUCCGCUCAGAAUUGAGGGGCAACCGUCGCGAGGAGAUCUGGAAGCGCGUUCGCAAUGUAGUUGAGGACAACGCCAACAUUCGGGCCGCCGUCCGCGAAGGGCGUGGUGGAGAUGUUGCGCGCGUUUGGGAAUGGGUUGGAGGCAUCGGCGGCGUUGGAAGACAGAUGGAGGGGAACAGCCCGUCCGCAGAGACAGACAAAGCACACUUCUCUCCACUGGCUGCCACAGAAACCCGAUCCCCUCGUCGACCAGAUGGGCCCCUCGCGAGGAGCCCAAUAGAAGGGGUGCGCAGGUGGGAUGAGGGCAGGCCCAUAUACUAA